AUGGAGAUGAAGAGAGGACAUGUACUGGCAGUGCCAUUUCCAGCGCAAGGACACAUCACACCAGUCCACCAAUUUUGUAAACGACUGAUCUCUAAAGGUCUCAAAACCACUCUCGCCCUCACAACUUUCAUUUCCAACUCCAUCAAACCUCACCCAUCUGGUCCAGUAUCCAUAGCCACCAUCUCUGACGGCUACGACCACGGCUUCGACUCAUCUGGCCGCUCCUUCCACGACUAUGUCCAAAGCUUUAAAACCUUUGGCUCCAAAACCAUUGCAGACAUCAUCCGAAAACACGAGACAAGUGAUAACCCCAUCACUUGUAUCGUCUAUGAUUCUUUCUUGCCUUGGGCACUUGACGUUGCAAGAGAGUUUGGUUUAGCUGCAACUCCUUUUUUUACGCAGUCUUGUGCUGUUAACUAUGUUUACUAUCUUUCUUACAUAAACAAUGGAAGCUUGAAGCUUCCUGUUGAAGAGAUGCCUUUUCUUGUGCUUCAAGAUUUGCCUUCUUUUUUAUCUGCUCCUGAAUCUUACAAAGCUUACUUUGAGAUGGUGCUACAACAGUUUACAAACUUUCAAAAGGCUGAUUUCGUACUCGUUAAUACCUUCCAAGAGUUGGAGCUUCAUGAGAUGGUGUUGUUGUCGAAAGUUUGUCAUGUGUUGACAAUUGGUCCAACUGUCCCAUCAAUGUACCUAGACCAAAGGAUCAAAUCAGACACAAAUUACGAUCUGAAUCUCUUUGAUUCACAAGACGCUGCUGUCUGCACCAGCUGGCUGAACAAAAGGCCACAAGGAUCGGUGGUGUAUGUAGCAUUCGGGAGCAUUGCUAAGCUGAACAAUGUGCAGAUGGAGGAACUUGCUUCAGCAGUAUGCAACUUCAGCUUCUUGUGGGUUGUCAGAGAUUUAGAGGAGGAAAAACUGCCAUCAGGGUUUCUUGAGACACUGGACCAAGACAAGAGCAUGGUCUUGAAAUGGAGUCCUCAGCUUGAAGUUCUAUCAAACAAAGCGAUCGGUUGUUUUUUGACUCACUGUGGCUGGAAUUCAACUCUAGAGGCAUUAGCCAUUGGGGUUCCCAUGGUAGCUAUGCCUCAAUGGAUCGAUCAACCUAUGGACGCAAAGUACAUACAAGAUGUGUGGAAGACUGGGGUUCGUGUGAAGAUAGACAAUGAGAGCAUGAUUGCCAAGAGAGAGGAGAUUGAGUUUAGCAUUAAAGAAGUGAUGGAGGGAGAGAAGGGCGAGGAGAUGAAGAAGAAUGCGAAGAAAUGGAGAGACUUGGCUGUCAAGUCACUCAGUGAAGGAGGCUCUACAGAUAUUAACAUUGACAAAUUUGUAACAAAGGUUCACAACAAAUAA